CUGCGGCCGCGGCUUCCAAGAUGGCGGCGGGUGCGUGAGCGCGGCGGUCAGUCAGUCGGUGAGGCCGCCGGCGGGAGCAGGGCCGGGGCCCCGCCGCCCGCCGCCAUGAAGGGCAAGGAGCGCUCGCCGGCUAAAGCCAAGCGUUCGCGGGGCGGCGGCGGCGAGGACUCGGCCUCCUCCUCCUCGUCGGCGCGGGGCGAGCGGAGCAGCAAGAAACCGAGCGGCUCCGGCGGCUCCAACGGCAGCGGCGGCAAAGCGGCGGCACCGGCGGCCUCCAACGACAGCAACAGCGGGAGCAGCCGGCGGGCCCCGCACGCGGACAAGGCCGGGCGCGCCGGCAGCCGCGAGUACGAGACCGGGACGGCGGCGGCGGGCGGCGGGGGCAGCCGGCAUGGCUACGGCAGCGGGAAAGCGGCGGAGGCGUCGCGCAGCAGCAGCAGCCGCGGCGGAGGGGGUGAGUCCCGCGCUCCGGCAGCGGCCCCGUCCUCCUCCUCCUCCGAGUCGGGCGGCGGCGAGUACAAGACGCUGAAGAUCAGCGAGCUGGGCUCGGCGCUGAGCGACGAGGCGGUGGAGGACGGGCUCUUCCACGAGUUCAAGCGCUUCGGCGACGUGAGCGUCAAAAUCAGCCGCCUCCCGCCCGGCACCGGCGCCGCCGACGAGCGCGUGGCCUUCGUGAACUUCCGCCGGCCCGAGGACGCCCGCGCAGCCAAACACGCCCGCGGCCGCCUCGUGCUCUACGACCGCCCGCUCAAAAUCGAAGCCGUCUACGUGGGGAGCGGCGCGGGGAGCAGCCGGCGCCGCGGCAGCCGCUCCCCGGCCCUGCUGGAGAAGGAGUCUCCCUAUGGCACGGCAGCCGUAGGGGUGGCGGCGGCGGCGGCGGCAGCGGCCGUGCGGCACCCUCCGGCCGGGGCGACGCAGCGGGCGCUGUCCCCCGCGGGGAGCGGCGGGGCCCUGGGUUAUCGAGACUACCGGCUGCAGCAGCUCGCCCUGGGCCGUUUGCCUCCUCCGCCCCCUCUGCCCAGGGAGCUGGAGAGGGAGAGGGACUACGGGGGUUUCUAUGAAGCACGAGUGCGGCCGGCCUAUGGGCUGGAGCGGGUGGCUGGUGUGGCGGCUGCCGGGGGCUUCCGUGGCGGAGGAGGUGGUGCUGGAGCUGCUGGCGAGGAGGAGAUCAGCCCCGAGGACGACCAGCGAGCCAACCGCACCUUGUUCCUGGGCAACCUGGACAUCACCGUGAGCGAGUCCGAUUUACGCCGAGCUUUUGAUCGCUUUGGGGUCAUCACGGAGGUGGACAUCAAAAGGCCGGGGCGUGGGCAGACCAGCACCUAUGGGUUUCUUAAGUUUGAAAACCUGGACAUGGCGCACCGGGCCAAGUUGGCCAUGUCAGGAAAGGUGCUUCUCCGCAACCCCAUCAAGAUUGGGUAUGGUAAAGCCACUCCGACCACCAGGCUCUGGGUGGGUGGCCUUGGGCCUUGGGUGCCCCUUGCUGCCCUGGCCAGGGAGUUUGAUCGGUUUGGCACCAUUCGCACUAUUGAUUACCGCAAAGGUGAUUCUUGGGCUUAUAUCCAGUAUGAGAGCCUGGACGCGGCGCAGGCUGCGUGCACCCACAUGCGUGGUUUUCCUUUGGGUGGGCCGGAUCGCCGGCUCCGCGUAGACUUUGCCGACACCGAGCAUCGGUACCAGCAGCCCUACCUGCAGCCUCUGCCCUUGCCACCUCCCGCUCAUUACGAGCUCGUGGCGGAGGCGGCUGCUUUUGGGGCUCACCGGGGAGCCCCACCUGAUCCUCUUCGGGGGGCCCGGGACAGGACGCCACCAUUACUCUAUAGAGACCGUGACAGAGACCUUUAUCCCGAGACAGAGUGGGUGGCCCCUCCACCCCCUGUACGGGAUAGGAGUAAUCGGGCAGCUGCCUAUGACCCACUGGAAAGCCUGGAGCGCCGCCGGGAUGGUUGGUCCUUGGAGCGGGACCGAGGGGAGAGGGAGUUGGGCAGUAGUAGUAGGGAUCAGCCUAGGAAACGGAGACUGGCGGAGGAUGGAGGCCGGCACUUGGACCGCUCUCCAGACAGCGAGCGCUCUUCUUCCUCCCGUAAGCGUCACUGUUUAACCACAACCUCCCCUCCGGACCGCAGCCCCGAGCUCCUUGGAGGGAGGGAGCGUUACAGUAGCGACCCCGAGCGCUCCUCCUCUCGCUUGCUCCUCUUGGAGCGGCCUUCUCCUGUCCGGGAAUCUCGCAGGGGCAGCCUGGAGCGGGGGCAGAACGAAAAGCGCGACCGCAAGAAUUCCGCCGAACGGGAGCGGAAACAUCGCGCUUCCGCGGCAGCCGCCGCGCAGGAGUGCAAAAGUCCAGCCAAAAAGGAUGAACGUGCUACGGAAGGAGGUGGUGGAGGCUCCCGCCUCAAACCUCCUCCUCAGAAACAGCAGCAGGACGGGGCGGCGCAAGCCGGGGGAGCCCCUAAGCUGUGCUUGGCUUGGCAGGGGAUGCUCCUGCUGAAGAACAGCAACUUCCCGUCCAACAUGCAUCUGCUUCAGGGGGACCUCGGUGUUGCCAGCAGCCUCCUCGUGGAGGGAGCGACUGGUGGGAAAGUGGCUCAGCUCAAGAUCACCCAACGUCUUCGCCUGGACCAGCCCAAGCUGGACGAGGUCAAUCGCCGCAUCAAAGUGGCGGGUCCCAACGGCUACGCCAUCCUUUUGGCUGUGCCUGGCGCAUCAGACAGCCGCUCUGCAGCCGGAGCUAGCGAGGCUGCCACCACCUCCACCCAGAGGCCACUCAGGAAUCUGGUGUCCUAUCUAAAGCAAAAGCAGGCUGCUGGGGUGAUCAGCCUCCCUGUGGGGGGUAACAAAGACAAGGAGAACAGCGGGGUCCUGCACGCUUUUCCACCCUGCGAUUUCUCCCAGCAAUUCCUGGACUCCACGGCCAAGGCGCUGGCCAAAUCAGAGGACGACUAUCUGGUCAUGAUCAUUGUCCGUGGGGCAUCCUAAGGCCCUCGUGUUCUCUGUACCCAACCCUGCCUCUUCUUCCACACAGGCCCCUCCAGCGUGUGCCAGGUGCUAUGGGAUACAGCCUUAGCCAGCCCUGCUGUUGUUUUAAAUUAGAUCUUGAUUUGUAGGUGACUUUUUUUUGCCCUGCCCGUUUUUCUGUUACUAUGUGUUUUGUUUCUAUAAAGUUAGAAGCCAGAAAGGUUGGAUAGCCGAUAGCAAGAAUAGGGUACUUUGGGAAUCCCCUGGCGGUGGGGACAGCAGGGAGGUUCGGCCUGCUUUGAUUUACAAAAAAAAAAAAAAAAAGGAGAAAAAAAAAAGAAAAAGAGAGAAGUGGGGGUGGAGAGACCCAAAUUCACCUCUUCUUAAUCUCGAUUCGUGUCCUUUUUUCAUUUCAUGUAUUUUAAAAGCUCAUCCUCAGAGUUCCAAAACCUCAAAAGACCAGAUUUAAAGCACUCAGUUGAAGUGGGAAACCCCCCCCCCAUCUUUACUAACAGACUGGUGUCAUGGUUUUGUUUUGGAGUCCUUGAAAUUCCAUUGUGGCCUCAGGUCCAGCGGCCCCAUGGGGGGCGUGCAAUCCCGCUCCUGAGUGGUUUUCCCUUUGAGUUGCAUGGCUCCGGGUUGAUGUCCUCCAGGGGAGCAGCACCUGCUCUCGGGUACACUGCAGAGCAUUGAAUUCCUCUUUAUUGGGUGUGUGAGGAUCUCAUCCAGCCCCUCCAAAUGCAUGCACUGAAAGUAUGCUUUUUUAACAAGGUGUAUUCCUCCUAUUGCCCUCAGUUCUGUUGUAUCCCAUAAAUGCACUUUGGGUUUGUAGCAGUGGCAAUGGUUGGUAAAGAGCGGAGGACUUUGUUACAAACCAUGAAUGUCUUGUGCUUCCUCUCAUAUGCAAGAAACAAGGAGGUGCUUUAAGAAAUAACUUUAGUUCUGUCGUGGGCUUUUGGGUUUUACUGCCUUUUUUUGCCCCCUUUUCAAAGAGUUGCAGGUACAGCACGGUCUGGUUCCAGAGUGCAAACUCUGAGCAAGUGUGCUUCUCUCCAGAGAUGGUUUUAAUUCUGUGAGAAGUUAAUUACAGGAAAGUUCUCAUUAACAUUUUACCUCCUUGUUAAUAGCAAGGAACUGCUGUCUGCUGGGGACUUUUCAGGUACAGUACAGUGGGCAUUACAUGAGGUUUUAGCAUUUUAUAAGCAUCUGGAGGAAAAUGGGGUUUAGCAUCUUGGAGAAGUAUUAAAAAUACUCCAAGAUGCUGAGGUUUGAGCUCUCAUUCCUGUGAUUCUAGGAGGAAACUUUGCUUAUCGUUUUCUAAAGAACUUAGUUCAUUUUCCCUUAGGCUUUUCCCAACUCAUUGGGCACUUUUCUUCAGCUGCCUUGGCCACUGCUGAUACAGGCAUGAAGAAGGGAUCUAAAUCCCUGUUGUUUUGUUCAACAACUGAGGGGAUGUUGCAGCUGGCUUCCAAACUGCAGUGUAAAUCUGACUGUAUCUAUUUACAGGCCUCCAAAUUGUAAUCUUGCACUUAAACCCAGAAUGUAGCCUUGCACUUAGCCAUGUUUUCAGAGACUUGGGCAGUGUAAAAGUGAUGCUGCUUUUCUCAGUCCAUCCUCUCAUGUAUUCCUUGGGUAGCUGCUACCCUGUGUUUUCUGUUUCAACUUGCACCUCGAGAAUCGAGUUCAAAAUGCAGAAUGGUGCAAAUAGCAGAUGAAGGAGGAACUUGAAUGUAUUUUAUGGGCACAACAUGAAGUGUGACCGUACUUGCUUGAUAUUCACUGUCACAAGAUGAAUUUCUGUGCUAAGCUUUACUGAACCACUCGUAACAGGGUGCUUUGCUUUAAGUGGGCUUCAGUUUCCUUUAUCUGACUGAGAACUUGCACGUGGCAGCGUAUCUUGAAACCAGAUUUUGAUUUUAUAGCUACUUUUCUUUUUCUAUGGAAACACAAAAGCCUCAUUUAAUGCUCUGAAAUGUUUGAGGGUAAACUCCAGGAUUUCUGGUUUGUCCUUCAGCGUGAAUGUAAAUCGGUCUCAGAAUUCAGCUGUUCAUCUUACUAUUAACAAUGAGAGUCUAUCCAAAUGACACUGGUAACUCGCAUAAUGAUUUGUUUUGGAAGAUACAACUUACUUACCACUUGUUGCAAAGAAUGUCUGUUUUAAUUCGAGCAGGUGCCUGUUGUGUGCCAGCGGCUUACCAACACUGCUGCGAACUCGCUUGAGGUGCUGAGGGGGUUUUCUCAUUGCAUCUGACCCAAGUCGCUUGCAAGCGUGGAGUUUUAAAGCCAACAAACUUGAACUGCUGGGAAUUCAAACCUGCCCCAAAUCAAAAAGUAUGAAAGAAGCACUAAUGUUGUUUGUGUUCAACAUUUACACUUGCUGAGGACAGUGUUUGUUAUGCUGAUACGCAGCAGGCACCUGCUUUUAAAACCUGUAAAACUUGGGGUCAACAUGGCUUGUCAAAGCAAACUCGGUAUGGGAACCCUUUUGGAAAGAGCAUCCUAGGUGCACUUCCCUUUUUCCUUGUAAAAUAGAGGUGGUUGUACCUGCCACGGCCUUUCAUGAGUCCAAAUUGGGCUGUGCUGGAGGGUAAGAAGGACCAGGCGAGGCUGUAUUUGACUCCAGGUUUUCUGGUUCCUUGCGGAGUACCUGCUUCUUUAAAUCUGGUUGAUUUGUGGUUGCUGCUCUGUUUUGUAAGCAAGGAUUUUAACACCCUUUGAGGGUUCUUAAGUGUCCAAACUUAGUUGACUGGCAACAUUUUGUUUCGCCAGCACUGAAGUUGAUGUGCUGCCAUCAAGGCUGGUGCAGCUUGGUUGGCUGUGCUUUUCUCUUAGGCUCUGAAGUGUGCACCAUUGGAGUAACUGUCCACUAAACGUCGGCUUGGCCAGGGCUGAACAGAAGUAGAAGUGUAAUACCACUUGUGUAUAGAGCAAAACAGAUGUAGCAGACUUCAGCUCUCUCACUGUGUUCAGCAUUUACGUUGCUCUUAGCAGAGAGCUCAGUGUUUCUUCCACCGUUGUGUGCAGCUGCUGUUCCGCUAUUUCAUGCGUUUGUUGAAUUAGCGUGGAAAAAGGAUGUCCUUUUCCUGAAUCAUUUCAUAGUUUUUGCUUUAUGCUUUGGGGAAAGAACCUCAAAUGACUCAGACUUUUGUUUAAGGUUUUAUUACUGGCGGUUUUAUUUUGCAUUGGAAACUUUAUGCAACUUCCUUGGCUGCCGGCCAGUGGCUUUGUUUGCUCCCGUCUCGUGUGCAGUCUGCUGUUCUCUGGGACUGCGGCGUGAACGCUGAUGUUACCCUCAACUCCAGAGGUCUCAGGCUUCUGGGUUACAAAUAGCAUCGUAGAGAGAAGGGUGUUACAUGCCAGGCUCACAAACCUCGCCUUCUCUCUUAUUUUAUCAACAAGGAUGUUAAAGGAUUGAAGUGUUUUGGUGCCUGGUGAGCGGAGAAGAGAGCGCUCUAUUUCUUGCAUUGGUUGAGGAGCCAUCUGGUUGAUGGUAACUGAAGUGAAAGGCCUUAAAGUAUUAAUGGGGAGGAGGGACUCAAAAUUGGGAAGACAGGCUCAAAACUUCUGAGGACUCAGGGAAAAAAAUGGCUUGGGAAAUCACAGUUCCUGGCUUUAAGCAAACCAGUGUUGAGGGCAGUGCUCCUGGGGAGUCUGCUGUGUGCCUGUUGAAGUGGAAGACGUUCUUGCUGUUUGACUAAUAGAGCUUUUGGGGUUCUUUCCCUUUUGUCUCUCCCCUUAGUACUUUCUGCAGAUAGCACCAAAGGACACAUAUUCCAGUGAGUUAUAAACGGAACGACUGGGUUGAGGUUUUGCAUUAGGCUUAAAGCAGACCGUAUGGUUUGGAGAAUGGUUCAUGGAAUAUUCAACUUCCCGCAGUUUUGAUUGUGUGAAAAUGAUGGCUGAGAAAUAGUACUUGAAUAGUAACACUUCUGAAAUCUAUUAGGUGUGUCUUUGAUUUAACCUUUUCUUUCAUAUUGGAGUUUUCUGCUGUUAGAAUUCCACAGCAAAACGAGAACAAAAGGAACGUGGAACACUACAUUUCCUAUUUCUGUUGCAAAGUUGCCUUCAGGAAUUGGUCUUUUGAGGAAAGCCAACUGAAUUAUCCCCAAUUCCGUUGGUUUUUCUCUGGGUUAAUUAUUUUCAUGUGUCCCAUUAACUGUUACUGCAAGUUGAAUAAUCAUCAGUACUGUAAGCCUAGUUUAACCUUGGUGCAAAAAGGAGCCCUGCACUACUUGUUCUGUGUCUAUACCUAGGUGACUUCAUUUCAAGGUUUCGUGCCCAUGGGUGGUAUUGGUGCUUUUUGAAGUCCAAGUAGAACAUUCAGAAAGGCCUCAUAGCUCUUUAUAUUCAUCUGUAUAAUGUAGGGAGGGGAAAAAAGAAAAGAAGCAAAUCUGUUGUAUACAUUUGUAUUGAAAUAACAUUUUCUUUCCUCCUGCAAAGCAAAAGCUGGUGGACUGCAGAAGACAACCGCAUGGGAUACCAAGCUCUAAUGGACCUUUGGGAAGAGAAGCUGUGGCUUAUGUGGAAUUUACAUGGGCCUCUCGAUGGAAGAAAGCUUAUCUGUUUAGUAUUUGUGCAUUUUACUAAAAUGGCAGCUUAAAAAAAAAAAAAAGUUGUGUAUCUGCUAUUGUGAUGCCAAUGCCCGUGUUUUAAGUGGAAAAAAAAAAUGACCUCUUUGCUUUGUGCUGUGUACACAAGAUUGCUGGAAAAGUAAAGGAAUACCCUUUUUAUGGCUCACACAGCUUAAAAGUAGCUGUCACUCAAAACAUGCGCUCACAGUUGAGCUGAUUUUGUUUCAUUCUAAAUAAAUUGUUUCUUUUGAGGAAAA